AUGAUCAAAGUAAUUGUUAUGAUCGCCUUUAUGGCUUUCGCAGCUACAGCUACUUCUGAUCAGGAUGGUUCAGCGGCCGUAGAUUCGAAGCAUACACCUAACAUUAGCAUCCAGGUUAAUCUCGUGCUCCGAGUGCUCUUUGCUAUCAUUGGCACUGGGCUAUGUUGGCCACCGCUUCGAGCUCUAUGGCGCUAUGGUGACCUUCCAGGGGCAACACUCAUCAUAGUCGUAGGGAUGAUGAACACUUUCACUGUCUUCAAUGCCAUGAUUUGGAGCAACGAUAACUGGGACGACUGGUGGGACGGAGUUGGGUAUUGUGACCUACAAGUAUAUUUGUCGACACCGAUGAAGACCAUCUACGCGGCUACUAUCUUUGUAACCGUCUAUGAGUUGUCGAAGAAAUUUGAUGUUACCAGAGCAAUCAUACUGAACUCCCGACAGGACCGAAAGCGAGAAUGGAAACAAGCUCUUAUCAUCUUCCUGGUUCCGCUCAUUCAGUUGGUCAUGACGUACUUUACUAUAUCACAGCGGUACAAGGUCGGCACCCUUAUCGGGUGUAUCGCUGAGUAUGACAACAAUUGGCCCAGGACUAUAGUAUUCGAUGUGCCGAUCCCAAUCUUUGUGGUCUUGUCUAUACCCUUCACCUUUUGGGCCUAUCUACGCUAUAGAAGAUACUCUAGAGACACUCAACUAGCAAUCGGGUCCAACAACCUGGCAAUAGCUCGACGUAUUCGGCUCCGUCGUCGUCUAUACAACGUCACAGCAUCAAUCAUGCUUAUAUAUGCCCCGGUAUCCUUAUUCUUACUAGCCAAGAACAUUGAAAAUGCAGUCAAAUCACCACCCUCGGCGUAUGACUUCCACCGUAUACACGACGACGCAGACCCAUACCCAUGGGACUCUGUUACAUUUGUACCGUCGUGGAACAUAGAGUGGCUCGAGAUGAACCAACCGUGGUUCGCGAUUUUGACGACCGUGACUAUCAUUGGUUUCUUCGGCACGAGCGAAGAUUGCUCCCCCGUAUACCGUGGCUAUAUGACAUGGCUGGGUUUAGGACGGUGCCUCCCGCGUCCCCGACAGCAGGUGGUUUCUCAUAAUGUUCCUCACUAUAUUGAUGACCCUGAAGACUUACUCCGUAACGGGAUCGAGCUCGUGGAAAUGGGCGGCGGAAAUGGGGGGGCGGCAGAACGCAGAAUGCCUCCUGAUCCCUAUCAAAUCUCGGGCUCAGAUUCCGAUACCAAUGAAAUUCUAUCUCCGCGUCGGCCAGUGACACCGCAGCAGCCGCCGGCGCUGCCCUCAGAGUCUUCAUCAUCGCCACCAUCCCUGUCACAGUUCCCAAUGCCCCCGUUACAACGACCAUUGCCUAUGCCUAUAGAUCGAUUGGAUAGCAUACGAAGGAACAUAAACAUGCCAGGAAGCCCCCUAGAGCGCGUCAUUAUCGAAGCUCUCAUCCCGGAACGACGCUCAUCACUACAGGGACAGCAACCCUCCGCAUCUUUCCGUGCGCCAGUAAGCAGACACCCGCGCGUACCUUACAGCUAUCUCACGAAUUUUCAUCGAGACGACUCGCCCGUCGCCGGCCCAUCUCGCUCCCACGCCCGCACUCACUCCGAGCGUUCCGACUCGCAACCCAUCCUAUCAGCAACCGCCGAGCACGGCUCAGACUCUCCUCGCACAGCCACACCCGCGCGCCGCCAGAUACCGCAGGAGGCCGUGCAGCCACGAGAGCUACUCGAAGACCAGCCAAGCUGGAGCGGACCCCGACGACUUACGAGUCAAAACGUCGUCUGGCCAUUCUUCUCCAGCACCGGGUCGACGGCCUCGAUCGCCCGCCCGCGAGAAACCGCCAAUGCCAUUGCUGCGGCCAACGAGAGCCCGGUCCGUUCGACCGACAACAACUUCGUCCGCGUGCAGAUCACCGGAGCCUUCUCUCCGUCCUUGCCGUCGCCGCCUCCCCCCGCCGAGCAGCGAGGACGAGGCCGAAGAAUCCCGCGAGAGCUGCUGAACCGAGUCGGACGAAACACUUCCAGGAACGGAAACGGAAACGGUAGCGGUAACUAA